AAGGGACAGCAGAACUGGAGUCCUACCGAUGCAUCCACGGCUCGCGAGUUUGGUGGUCCACUGGGCAUGUUGGCCAUGAUGAUUGGAUUUCCUCUACUCAUGUACUUCAUGUGGGCAGGCGCUGUCUUCUACGACGGGCAGAUUCCGAGACCAGCACAGAACGAGUCUUUCGCCGCUUUCGUCCAGCACCUCUGGUUCUUGAUUAGGACUGAAGCGUACCCUAAUAAGAGGGCUUGGUGCAUCUACUGGUCCUUUGGGUUCACGCAACUCGCCUUUUACGCUCUACUUCCUGGUGUUUAUCGUAAGGGCCAGCCCCUGCCGCAUCUGGGUGGGAAGCAGUUGGACUAUUACUGCUCGGCUAUGUGGUCUUUUUAUACGAGCGUCGCACUUGGUGUUGUCUUGCACUUUAGUGGUUACUUCAGGCUGGAUGUGUUGAUCGGCGAGUACGGACCCCUGAUGAGUGUAGCGAUCAUCUCUGGGUUUCUAUGCUCUUUUGUUGCAUACUUCUCAGCUAUUGCACGUGGUGCAACGUUACGUAUGAGUGGCAAUCACAUUGUCGACUUUUUCAUGGGUGCGGAAUUGAACCCGAGGAUGUUUGGCAUCCUAGACUUUAAGAUGUUGGUUGAAGUCCGCAUUGCGUGGUUUAUCCUCUUCUUCCUCGCGUUGAGCACAUGUCUCAAGCAGUUCGAGGAAUAUGGAUACGUGUCUGUACAGGCGUGCUUUCUGCUCAUAGCGCAAUAUCUUUAUGCUGGAGCGUGUGCCAAAGGAGAGCAUUUGAUUAUUACUACCUGGGAUAUAUACUACGAGAAGACAGGUUUUAUGAUCCUUUUCUGGACAAUGGCUGGCGUGCCAUUCUCGUACGCUCAUGCUAUCCUCUACAUAGCUAACCACAAACCCAGCCAGUACCAUUGGCCAUGGUGGUUCGUACUUGCCUUGCUUAUCCCUUAUCUUGGCGUUUACUAUGUCUGGGACACUUGCAACAGUCAGAAGAAUCAGUUCCGGCAAGAGGAGCGCGGUGUAGUAGACGAACGAACCACAUUUCCCUAUUUCAAAAAGGGAAAGAUUCAGAACCCGAGGACGAUCGAGACAAGUUACGGUAAAAAGUUGCUCUGCGAUGGCUGGUAUGGCAAGGCGCGCAAGAUCCAUUACUCUUGCGAUAUCUACUUUGCUAUCAACUGGGGUCUCAUCACAGGCUUUGCGUCGCCAUUUCCAUGGUUCUAUCCUGUUUUCUUCACCAUCAUGAUCAUGCACCGCGCAUUACGCGACAAUGCCAAAUGCCAUGACAGGUAUGGCAAAGCUUGGGAGCAAUACACAAAAAGAGUUCCGUAUAUCUUUAUACCA